GAGUCGAUUCCCUCAGCAGUGAGCGGACCCUACCUACCAGAAUGACAACACGCGCGGUGGAAUGCUGUGAAUUAAACGAGUCGCGGCGAUUCUAAACGAACCUGCUGAAAGCAGCGACUCGCUCUCAUCGCUCUGAUCGGUCUGAGAUGGAGAAAAGCGGCGGAGAUCUCGGAGAACUCGCUUUAUUCUGAAGCCUGCGCGGGAUAUGAGGAGUGGAGCGAGGCUGAGGAGCAGCGGGAGGAAGUAGUAAUGGACAAUAACGCGGGGAGGAGGAGGAGAAGCUCGGAGAGGAGCAUGCAGGAGAGGAGCUGCUGAUAUUACCGCCUAUCAGGACUGUUAUUAGUGUUUAUUUCACUGCUGAACGUCUGGAUUUUGUCUGUAAUGCUGUAGAACUGCGUGGGACGGGUUUGGACUGAAAAACAGAGUAAAGACAAUCUGAGGCUGUGAGACCCAAGUGCCUCUAGCACUACCGCUCUGCCCCCCCCGGCUGUGACUCGUUCGGCACGACGUCACAAAUGCGACCAUGGGAAAUAGCUGUGAAUAGGCGGCCGCCAACAGCCCCCUUAAACCAGAGGAGGUUCCUCGGGGAGCCCUGCAACACGCCUGUGCACCUCAGGAGAAGUCCUCCAGUGCGACGGCAGUGGGGGCAGCGAGACAGACCUGUUUUGCACGGCUCCCUGCGGCAGGAUGAGACCUUUCACCAUCCUGUGUUCUCGCAGCAGCAGCAGCAGCAGCAGCAUCAGCAGCACGUUCCUCUAGAGGAGUCCCGGCAGUACAGCCACCCCAGCGCACCUCCACGCAUGCUCCAUCCAGCCACGCACCCGCCUCAGCAGAGCUCCAUCAUGGUGGACCUUCAUGAACAGAUGCACCAAGGAUCAGUUCCAAUAUCUUACACAGUUACCACGGUGACGACCCACGGUUUUCCCAUCCACACGGGGCAACCGAUCCCAGCGUGCAACGCCCAGCAGCUCCCAGCAUGCUCGGUAAUGUUCAGCGGACAGCUCUCUCUGCUCUGCUGCCUUCCUCCUCCUCUAAUUCAGGCAUGCACCAUGCAGCACUUGCCAGUGUCUUACCAGGCCUUUCCGCCGCUGAUCUCCAGCGAGCACUUCAUCCUGCACCCCAGCCCUCCAGUGCCGACUCACCAGCCCCCUCACCUGGCCCCGCUGAGCCAGUUCGUCCCCCUGCAGCCACAGCACCCACGCAUGCCUCUGCAGAGAGUGGAGAAUGAGGUGGACCUGAGAGGAGACCAGCAUCCUUUGGGAACAUUCUCUUACCCUCCUGCCCAUCACCCACCAGCAGCCAUGCCCCCCUCCGUGCCCCUCCAGUACCUGCCCCAGGAACCUCUGCACCAAGAACUGCCCUUCGGAGUGCCAUAUGCACAUGUGCUGCCCAGGCGUGGGAGUGGCCAGAGAUACCGGUUACAGCAGCCUCUGCCGCCGCCACCCCCACCUCCACCUUACUACCCUGGCUUUCUACCUUACUUCCUCUCGAUGCUUCCUGUGCCUCCGACUGCUGUGGGUCCCGCCAUUAGCCUGGAUCUGGACGUGGAUGAUGUGGAGAUGGAGAAUUAUGAGGCGUUACUAAACCUCGCUGAGCGGCUCGGGGAGGCUAAACCUCGAGGACUGACGAAAGCUGACAUAGAACAGCUUCCAUCCUACAGGUUCAAUUCAGAAAACCACCAGUCUGAACAAACUCUAUGUGUUGUGUGCUUUAGUGAUUUUGAGUCAAGGCAGCUACUUCGAGUAUUACCCUGUAAUCACGAGUUUCAUGCAAAGUGUGUGGACAAAUGGUUAAAGACCAAUCGCACGUGUCCGAUCUGCCGCGCCGACGCAUCUGAAGUUCACCGGGACGUGGAGUGAGUCCAGGCCUUCGUCCUUCACUGGAAAACAGCACAAACCUUGGAGUGUGUCGUGCGAGCGGGCACAUACACACACCUGCCACCCAACCCCGUGCUCUCCAGCCAAAUGCAAAAGCAUCUCCCUCCCCUUAACACCAAACUCCUCCCCCUUACAAACCCCGCCCCUCCUACCCGUCAACAAAUAAGCAAUCUUGGAAUUUGUACGGAACCUGUUAGACCUCUGCUGUGCAUCAUCGCGUGAGUUUUCAUGAAAAGCUACUGCCGCUUAAAACUCUUAUCUCCAAUUCCCACUCCAGUUUACCCCCGACCUUAACCCUCACUGUACCCGUCCCUGUUCCCCUUCUUUUAGAGUUCUGCCACUGUUCCCCCGUUCUCAGUUCUGCCCUCGUUUUCGCAGAUUCCAAAGAUGAACCUGUAAUGCGUGUUUGUGUUGCGUCUUCGUUUACACAAAAAUUCAGAUAUUUGAAUAUUCUCUAGGUGUUCGAUCACAGAUAAUUCAGAUAAGUCGUGCUUUUCGUGGUUGUGGAGGGAGACGGGGAGAGGACCGGGACGGCGGUUGGGUGUUUUUGGGGUUUGAUUGAUUGAUUUUAACGCCGUGCGAUCAGACGAGCAGGGCGAGAAACAAGAAAAACAAGAAAGAAAAGAGUGAAACAAACUAAAAGAGCGUAAAGGAAAGGUGGAGCUCGUCCGAAUAGACGUAUAGACGCCAUUCUGCUUGGAUGCAAGGGGAAAAAAAAAAAUCUAUAUAUAUAUAAAACACGUUUCGACCAUCAUAAGAUGCAUGUUUGUAUAGGUGAUGGGCUCAAGUGACUUGUUAAUAAUGUAUGUUUUGCAAUAACGUAUUGAUGAUUUUCAAUAUCUUUAUCCCGACUCUUUUUAACCUGCGAAUGCUAAUGUGAACGUUUGAACGUUAUGACUUGCGGUGGUUCUGAAUCUCCGAGGCCCGAGGUAAAGAAAAUAUACAGGAGGGGAAAAAAAAAGGCUGUAAACAGUUCUGCAAACGUAAAACAUGAAAUAUAAGUGUGAGUGUGAGUGCACAAAUAUAUGUGUGUGUGUGUGUGAUUGUGUGAAUGGGGAGGAAAAGUUGAGGUAAAAAAAAAUAAAAAAUACCGAGAGACACUGAGGAGGGGAAGCCUGAUGUUGGUGCUGGUGGUGGUGAUGAUGUGGUGGUGGAGUUGAACCGGACUCUGGGCCUCAUCGCUGUGGAGUUUUGCACUGUUUGCGCUGGAAACAUAUAAAAGGUCACUGUGGCCCAGGACAAGGACAACCAAGGACAUUCAAGGACAAGGACAGCUCCGUGCCUCUGACCUUCAAACCUCCUACCUUUCUCUAAACCCCCACCUUCUGACCUCCGGCCGCCUAAAACCCCACCCCAACCCCUCUCAAACCCAACUCUGGGCGGGCCGCACACACUUAAGCCCCGCCCCUUUCCCCCCGCCACUGCCGACAGGCCCCGUUACGGCCCUCUGGGAAAGCCUCCUGACCUCCACCCAUCCACUCUUAACUCGCUCUGGUCUCCAGGAGAACUCACCGCAGGCCUUUGCACGGACUGUUUCUUUAGGUUAGCAAUAUUUUUUCCAGUCGACGAGCUCCCGCCGCAUUUCAGCCGUUAUUAAAAUCCACCGGGUCCAACGGGAACGAGGGGAGGAGCGAGUCGCCGGACGCAGCGUGUGGAGAAAAGACGAGGGUGGACCUCAGUGCCAACGAUCGCCAAUGGCCACCAAUGAUCUCCAAUGGUCACCAACGAUCUCCAACGAUGGCCAAAUGGUCACCAACGAUCGUCAAUGGUCACCAACGAUCGUCAAUGGUCAUCAACAAUCGCCAAUGGUCACCAAUGAUCGCCAAUGAUUUCCAAUGGUCACCAAUGAUUUCCAAUGGUCACCAAUGAUCGCCAAUGGUCACCAACGAUUUCCAAUGGUCACCAAUGAUCGCCAAUGGUCACCAACGAUCACCAACGGUCACCAAUGUUGGUCUUUGUGGUGGUGGGUGGGGGAACUUGCGUUACACCUGACGUCCAAAAACAAACUUAAAAAAACUACCGAAAAAAAUAACCGAAAAAAUGACUUUUUGGAGAAGGUGCAACCCCUUUCUUUGCAGAAAGCAAUAUGUGCAAUGAGUGUCUGUCGUGAAUGAAACAUAUUUGACAUA